CGGCGGCCGGGUCGGAAAUGGCGGCCGGCCGGCAGGGGGAGCGGGGGCCCCGGCGCGGCCUGGGCGGCGCGCGGCCGGCGGCCACGGCGGCUUCUGGGAAGCCGAGUUUCGCGCGGGCGGCGGCGGCUCGACCCUGACCUGGAAGCCGGCUUGACUGUUGGCAGUGACAUGGAUAAGAGGCUGGCAUUUCUAACUGCCAGCUACUGUAUAACUUGACUAGAAACUAUGCACAUUGGUUGGUCAGCAAAACCCAGGAACAAAAGCUAUGGCAGGUGAAGUGGUCUCCCUGAUCGCAGACCAUGGUUCCCCGGCUUCGUCCACAGACGCCUCCUCCACUUCCCCUCGGCCAUGUGGCACUGUUUACUGUUUGGUGAAGACUAAGAAGGACACGACGAUCUCUGGCCAACAGCCAGGACUUAACGCAUACCGGCAUAGGGUCAGAGACCAUCUCAUUCAAAGCCAAGGAAAAUGAAGCUUGCAUUGCGUUCGGUGCCUUGUGUAGGGAAUGCACGAACAUUUCUGGAAGCGCAUGCUUGAAAAGGGGCUCAGUUUUGUUCAGCAGGAACCCGGCUAUGGCGAGUGACCCGAUGUGAUCAGAAGGGGCGAGAGCCUUGGGGUACUCAUGACGGGGUAUACCAUGUUGCGGAAUGGGGGCGUGGGGAACGGAGGUCAGACCUGUAUGUUGCGCUGGUCCAACCGUAUCCGGCUCACGUGGCUCAGUUUCCUGCUCUUCGUCAUUCUGGUGUUCUUCCCGCUCAUUGCUCACUAUUACCUCACCACUCUGGAUGAGGCUGAUGAGGCAGGCAAGCGGAUUUUUGGUCCGAGGGCUGGUAACGAGCUGUGCGAGGUCAAGCACGUGCUGGACCUCUGUCGCAUCCGCGAGUCUGUGAGUGAGGAACUCUUACAGCUGGAGGCCAAGCGGCAGGAGCUCAACAGCGAGAUCGCCAAGCUGAACCUGAAGAUCGAGGCCUGCAAGAAGAGCAUCGAGAACGCCAAGCAGGACCUGCUGCAGCUCAAGAACGUCAUUAGCCAGACUGAGCACUCCUACAAAGAGCUCAUGGCCCAGAAUCAGCCCAAGCUUUCCCUGCCCAUCCGACUGCUCCCCGAGAAGGAUGACGCCGGCCUUCCUCCCCCGAAGGUCACGCGGGGCUGCCGGCUGCACAGCUGUUUUGAUUACUCCCGGUGCCCUCUCACCUCUGGUUUUCCGGUCUACGUUUAUGACAGUGACCAGUUUGCCUUUGGGAGCUGUCUGGACCCCUUGGUCAAGCAGGCUUUUCAGGCUACCGCUCGAGCCAAUGUGUAUGUUACAGAAAAUGCAGACAUUGCUUGCCUCUACGUGGUCUUGGUAGGAGAAAUGCAGGAGCCCGCGGUGCUGCGGCCCGCUGACCUUGAGAAACACUUGUUUUCUCUCCCAUACUGGCGGACAGACGGACAUAACCACGUCAUCAUCAAUCUGUCCCGGAAGUCGGACACGCAGAACUUACUGUACAACGUCAGUACAGGCCGGGCCAUGGUGGCCCAGUCCACUUUCUAUGCCGCCCAGUACAGACCUGGCUUCGACUUGGUUGUGUCCCCACUAGUCUAUGCCAUGUCAGAGCCCAACUUCAUGGGGAUCCCACCGCAGGUGCCAGUGAAGCGGAAGUACCUUUUCACCUUCCAGGGCGAGAAGAUCGAAUCCCUGCGAUCCAGCCUUCAGGAGGCUCGCUCCUUCGAGGAAGAAAUCGAGGGUGACCCUCCCGCCGACUAUGACGACCGGAUCAUCGCCACCCUGAAGGCAGUGCAGGAUAGCAAACUGGAUCAGGUCCUGGUGGAAUUCACCUGUAAAAACCAGCCCAAGCCCAGCCUGCCCACGGAGUGGGCCCUGUGUGGGGCGCGGGAGGACCGCCUGGACUUGCUGAAGCUCUCCACCUUCGCCCUCAUCAUCACCCCGGGGGACCCCCGCCUGGUCAUCUCGUCUGGGUGUGCCACGCGGCUCUUCGAAGCCCUGGAGGUGGGCGCUGUCCCCGUGGUGCUGGGCGAGCAGGUGCAGCUCCCCUACCAGGAGAUGCUGCAGUGGAACGAGGCGGCCCUGGUGGUGCCCAAGCCCCGGGUGACCGAGGUCCACUUCCUGCUGCGGAGCCUCUCGGACAGUGACUUGCUGGCCAUGCGGCGCCAAGGCCGCUUUCUCUGGGAGACCUACUUCUCCACCGCCGACAGCGUUUUUAACACCGUGCUGGCCGCCAUUAGGACUCGCAUUCAGAUCCCAGCUGCUCCCAUCCGGGAGGAGGUGGCAGCUGAGAUCCCCCAUCGCUCAGGCAAGGCCGCUGGGACCGACCCCAACAUGGCUGACAACGGGGACCUGGACCUGGGGCCGGUGGAAACGGAGCCGCCCUACGCCUCCCCCAAAUACCUCCGGAACUUCACCCUGACCGUCACCGACCUGGCCCGCAGCUGGAACGCGGCCCCCGGGCCUUUCUACCUGUUCCCCCACACGCCCUUUGACCCCGUGCUGCCCUCGGAAGCCAAGUUCCUGGGCUCUGGGACGGGCUUUCGGCCGAUCGGGGGUGGCGCCGGGGGCUCCGGGAAGGAGUUCCAGGCGGCGCUGGGGGGCAACGUGCCCCGGGAGCAGUUCACGGCCGUGAUGCUGACUUACGAGCGGGAGGAGGUGCUGAUGAACUCCCUAGAGAGGCUCAACGGCCUCCCUUACCUGAACAAGGUGGUGGUGGUGUGGAACUCUCCCAAGCUGCCGUCGGAGGACCUCCUGUGGCCGGACAUCGGCGUCCCCAUCAUGGUGGUGCGUACUGAGAAGAACAGUUUGAACAACCGAUUCCUGCCCUGGAAUGAGAUCGAGACAGAGGCCAUCUUGUCUAUCGAUGACGAUGCUCACCUCCGCCACGACGAAAUCAUGUUUGGGUUUCGCGUGUGGAGAGAGGCGCGGGACCGCAUUGUGGGCUUCCCUGGCCGGUACCAUGCGUGGGACCUCCCUCAUCAGUCCUGGCUCUACAACGCCAACUACUCCUGCGAGCUGUCCAUGGUGCUGACGGGCGCGGCCUUCUUCCACAAGUAUUAUGCCUACUUGUACUCUUACGUGAUGCCCCAGGCCAUCCGGGACAUGGUGGACGAGUACACCAACUGUGAGGACAUCGCCAUGAAUUUCCUCGUCUCCCACAUCACGCGGAAGCCCCCCAUCAAGGUGACGUCACGGUGGACCUUCCGGUGCCCAGGCUGUCCCCAAGCCCUGUCCCAUGACGACUCCCACUUCUACGAGCGGCACAAGUGCAUCAACUUCUUUGUCAAGGUGUACGGCUACAUGCCCCUGCUGUACACGCAGUUCAGGGUGGACUCCGUGCUCUUCAAGACGCGCCUGCCCCACGACAACACCAAGUGCUUCAAGUUCAUCUAGGGCCCAAGCUGCGGGGAGAGGAUGGGGAGAGGAGGGGGAGAGGAGGGGGUGCUCCCGGGGCCCCUGCCGCCUCUGCCGGGCGAGGCAGUGGGCAUAGCGGGCGGGAAGCGGCUGCCUCGAUCUUGAGGCCUCGGAGCCCUGGUCAGGGCCGGGGCCCCACGCAGGGCACUG